UCUUUCUUAAAGAGAAAGACAGAGAGAGAGAGAGGGAUAGAGAACGAAGAGCUAAGCAGCAAUAAAACAUUAAGGGGUUUUUUUGCUUGCCUUCUUUCUCUUUCUUUCUCUCCACUAUAUCAGUUGUUUUGUAGAGAGGGAGUUGGAGACAUUUGGAGUUUGUUUAUCCUUUUGUCUCCUCUAUCCUCUCUCUUUGUUUUACUUUUAUUUUAUUGGGUUGGGUCUUGCUCCAAUACUGUUUUUUUGGUUCAUAGAUUUUUUUUAUAUGUACUUGUUAGUCUGCAAAUUUGGGUUCUAUUCCUUGAGCGUUGCUAAUUUACUAAUUUCAUGGUCAAAGGCGAGUCAUGAUUCGGAAACGAAGCAAAUCAGUCAAAUGGGAGUGUAGUUAAGAAAGAGUUGCUUGUAAAUUUGUAGAAAGAAAGAAGAAAGGAACCAAAAUCAAAAAGUUGAUAAUAGAGAGAGAGAAAAAACAAGAAAAAGGGACUUUCUUUGAUGAGUUUUGGGGGUUUUCUCGAUAACAGCUCUGGUGGCGGGGGUGCAAGAAUAGUCGCGGACAUCCCUUAUAGCAACAACAUGCCCACCGGUGCUAUUGCUCAACCUCGCCUUGUCUCCCCUUCUCUUGCGAAGAACAUGUUCAACUCCCCAGGCCUCUCUCUUGCUCUUCAGCAACCGAAUAUAGAUAAUCAAGGGGAUGGAACUAGAAUGGGUGAGAAUUUUGAGGGAAGUGUUGGGAGAAGAAGCAGAGAAGAGGAACAUGAGAGCAGAUCUGGAAGUGAUAAUAUGGACGGAGGUUCAGGUGAUGAUCAAGACGCAGCCGACAACCCUCCGAGGAAGAAGCGAUACCACCGACACACUCCUCAGCAAAUCCAAGAGCUUGAAGCUCUCUUUAAGGAGUGCCCUCAUCCCGAUGAGAAACAGAGGUUGGAGCUUAGCAAAAGGCUUUGCUUAGAAACCAGGCAGGUCAAGUUUUGGUUUCAAAACCGCCGUACCCAAAUGAAGACCCAAUUGGAACGCCAUGAGAACUCUUUGCUGAGGCAAGAGAACGAUAAGCUUCGAGCUGAGAACAUGUCUAUUAGGGAUGCUAUGAGGAACCCAAUCUGUACUAACUGUGGGGGUCCGGCAAUUAUUGGAGAUAUAUCUCUUGAAGAGCAACAUCUUAGGAUUGAGAACGCGCGGUUAAAGGAUGAGUUAGAUCGCGUUUGUGCACUUGCUGGCAAGUUUUUGGGGCGUCCUAUUUCAGCACUAGCCACUUCAAUUGCACCUCCAAUGCCAAACUCAAGUUUGGAACUUGGAGUUGGUAGCAAUGGUUUUGGAGGUCUAAGCACCGUGCCUACAACAUUGCCUUUGGGCCCUGAUUUUGGAGGUGGGAUAACAAAUGCUUUGCCAGUGGCUCCACCUAACAGAGCGACAACUGGAGUAACUGGACUUGAUAGAUCGGUGGAAAGAUCGAUGUUUUUGGAGCUUGCCUUGGCUGCAAUGGAUGAAUUGGUUAAGAUGGCACAGACUGAUGAACCACUUUGGAUUAGGAGCUUGGAAGGUGGACGAGAAAUACUAAACCAUGAUGAAUACUUGAGGACAUUCACUCCUUGCAUUGGCAUGAAACCAGGCGGCUUUGUCACUGAGGCUUCUAGAGAGACUGGGGUUGUGAUCAUCAACAGUUUGGCCCUCGUUGAAACUUUGAUGGACUCGACUCGUUGGGCGGAGAUGUUUCCUUGUAUGAUUGCCAGAACAUCAACGACCGAUGUGAUAUCUAGUGGCAUGGGAGGAACCAGAAAUGGUGCACUUCAACUGAUGCAUGCUGAGCUCCAAGUCCUUUCUCCUUUGGUUCCAGUUCGUGAGGUCAAUUUCCUAAGGUUUUGCAAGCAGCAUGCAGAAGGGGUUUGGGCAGUGGUUGAUGUGUCUAUUGACACCAUCCGAGAGACUUCAGGUGCACCGACAUUUGUGAACUGCAGGAGGCUUCCUUCCGGCUGUGUUGUGCAAGAUAUGCCCAAUGGAUACUCCAAGGUUACAUGGGUUGAACAUGCAGAAUAUGAGGAGAGCCAGGUUCAUCAACUCUACCGCCCUUUACUAAGCUCUGGCAUGGGCUUUGGUGCCCAACGCUGGGUGGCCACCCUCCAACGCCAAUGCGAAUGCCUCGCCAUCCUCAUGUCCUCCACCGUUCCUACUAGAGAUCAUACUGCUAUAACUGCAAGUGGGAGACGAAGCAUGUUAAAGCUGGCGCAAAGGAUGACCGAUAAUUUCUGCGCUGGAGUCUGUGCGUCGACGCUUCAUAAAUGGAACAAGCUCAAUAAUGCCGGGGACGUGGAUGAAGACGUUAGGGUCAUGACUCGGAAGAGCGUGGAUGACCCUGGCGAGCCACCGGGCAUCGUGUUGAGUGCGGCUACUUCGGUUUGGUUGCCGGUUUCACCUCAAAGACUGUUCGAUUUUCUACGUGAUGAACGGCUGAGGAGCGAGUGGGACAUCUUGUCGAAUGGUGGACCCAUGCAAGAGAUGGCCCACAUUGCCAAAGGCCAAGAUCAUGGCAACUGCGUCUCCCUUCUCCGUGCCAGCGCCAUGAACGCAAACCAGAGCAGCAUGCUGAUAUUGCAGGAGACAUGCAUAGACGCGGCGGGGUCGCUUGUAGUGUACGCGCCCGUUGACAUUCCAGCCAUGCACGUGGUUAUGAACGGUGGUGAUUCUGCUUACGUGGCACUCCUACCCUCGGGUUUUGCCAUCGUACCGGAUGGUCCAGGCUCUCGUGGGCCCACAUCGAAUGGACAUGUUAACGGGAAUGGCGGUGGUGGCGGUGGCGGGUCGCAGAGAGUGGGUGGGUCCCUUCUCACGGUGGCUUUCCAAAUAUUGGUGAACAGUUUACCUACGGCCAAGCUUACGGUAGAAUCGGUGGAGACAGUCAAUAACCUCAUUUCAUGCACCGUCCAGAAGAUCAAAGCUGCCCUCCAGUGCGAAAGCUGAGGAGGGAAAAAGCACUCACGUGAUCCCGACGGCGGUUCCUUUAAUAGUUUUUAAUUUUGUACUAGCCCUUUCUUUUCCUUUUUUCUCUUCUUCCUUUUUUUUAAUUUUAACAUGGAAGUCUUUUGUGUAUUUAGUCAUUUAUAGGGUUGGUUGUGAAGACUGAAGAGAGCUUUUGCGUUUGUGUUGUGUGAAGAUAAAGAGAGAAGAGUGAGUGUGAGUGUGUGUGUGUGUGUGUGUGUGUGACUAGUGAAUUGGGGGUGUUGAGUCAAGAACGAACCGCGCGUGGAGACUCCUUGCAUGGUGGUGAUCAGGCAGUGACUCGGUGCAAAGAAAAAGGACUGUUCUCAGCACAAGGCAAGGGUGGUGGUUCGGGUAUUGACUCAGGUCGACCCUCGAGAUGGCUCAACGUGGGGGGAGAAAAGGGGAAAAAACAAAGAAAAGGUCAAAACCCAAAAACAAGAAAUCUUCCUAAACAGUGCCUUUGUCAUUGUAGUAAAUCAGAAUCUCUUUUCCAGGGGUUGAAUUUUCCUAUAUAUUUUGUGGAGAAGAUUUGCAUGGAACAUGGAAUUGGUAUUGAGUUGA